AUGAUCGUCCUUCGGUUUUUGUUCCUCCUACUCACCGCCAUCGUUAACGUCACAGCAUGUGCUCUACCUUACUCACAUAAACCAACGGUAUAUAUCAUUCGUCAUGGCGAGAAGCCUCCCGACCCGAACGAUAGCGGGUUGAGUGCCGAGGGCGUGAAACGAGCCCAAUGUCUUCGAGGUGUCUUCGGGGACUACUCACCAUACGACGUCGGGUAUAUCAUGGCCCCUAAGGUCAAUUCUAAGGGCCAACACAGACGCUCCUACGAGACCGUCCUCCCACUUGCCGACGAUCUCGACCUCACGGUGGAUACAUCAUGCAAGCGCAACCGGGUGCAUUGCGUCGCCAAGAAGAUUCGAAGAUAUAGAGGAUGCGGUAAUAUCUUGAUCUCCUGGCGACAUGGAAAAAUGGAGGAGAUGGCCCAGGAGCUAGGCGUGGAGGACCCGCCCGAGUAUCCAGAGGAUCGGUUUGACUUGAUCUGGACGAUUCCAUUCCCAUAUGACAAAAUCACCGAUAUUCGAAGCGAGGCGUGCCCCGAUCUAGAUAUACCAAGUGCAUUGAAAAUCCAGGCAUAG